UAGUAUUUGUUAAUGUAUGAAAGGAUUCAGUGGGCCAAGACUUUACUCAUGCUAUUCCCUUUGAACCGGAAAUCCAUUUCGAGGGCAAAGCUGACUUCCGAGAUUAUUUAAAGAAGAAAACCAGUCACGUGAAAUUCUAUGCCCGAUAAAGGCCUUUAUGACUCCACAAAAGAAUUCAAAGCUCCAAAAUUUUUCAGUUAUAAUUAAACCGGUAUAAGUAUAAUUUAAAAAUGAGUAGAUCAGUUAACGUAGCUAUAAUUGGUUCAGGAGUAGUUGGAUCUGCAUUCCUUGGACAAUUAAAGAAUUUGAAACAUUCAAUUCAUUUUAAUGUUAUUUAUUUAGCUAAAAGUUCUGAAGAAGCAUUAUUCUCAAAAUCCUAUGAUCCAGUAGAUUUAUCUACUUAUGCUACUGCACCAACUCAAACUCCAUUAAGUCUUGAUGAAUUAGUUAAAUAUUUAAAAGAAUCUGCCAAACCAUCAAUUUUAGUUGAUAAUACUUCAAGUGUUGCUAUUGCUGAUUUUUAUCCAACUUUUAUAAAGGAAGGUAUCUCAAUUGCUACUCCAAAUAAAAAGGCUUUCUCAUCUGAUAUAUCAGUUUGGAAUGAAAUAUUUAAAAAUGCUGAAUUACCAGGUUCUGGUUUAGUUUAUCAUGAAGCAACUGUUGGUGCAGCAUUACCAAUUAUUGGUCCAUUAAAAGAUUUAAUUACUACUGGUGAUAAAGUUGAAAAAAUUGAAGGAAUCUUUUCAGGUACUUUAUCUUAUAUAUUUAAUGAAUUUUCAACAUCUGAAAAAUCAGAUGUGAAAUUUUCUGAUGUUGUUAAAGUUGCUAAAAAACUUGGUUAUACUGAACCAGAUCCAAGAGAUGAUUUAAAUGGUUUAGAUGUGGCAAGAAAAGUUACUAUUUUAGCUAGAAUUUCUGGACUUGAAGUAAAAUCUCCAACUUCUUUCCCAGUUGAUUCAUUAAUUCCAAAACAAUUAGAAGGAAUUCAAAGUGCUAAUGAAUUCUUAGAGAAAUUACCUGAAUAUGAUUCAGAAAUUCAAAAAGUUAAAGAUGAAGCUUUUGCUGAAGGUAAAGUUUUAAGAUUUAUUGGUCAAGUUGAUGUUAAAGAUAAUAAGGUUUCUGUUGGUAUUGGAAAGUAUGCAUUUGAUCAUCCAUUUGCUUCAUUAAAGGGUAGUGAUAAUGUUGUUUCUAUUAAAACUCAAAGAUAUGUUAAUCCUUUAAUUAUUCAAGGUGCAGGAGCAGGAGCAGAAAUUACUGCUCAUGGAGUUCUUGCUGAUACUAUUAAAAUUGCUGAAAGAAUUGCCAAUUAGAUAGAUGAUUUAAUCUAUUAAUAAUAACUAUA